GCCAACUCUAAACUAUCGGGGCUAGCCCAGGCUUCCCCAUGGGGUUGAUGCUGGCAUAAGGUCAACUUCAUUAUCCUUGGCCAAGUAUUAAAGCUCAUGAUUCCUUCAGCCUUGAGAUCAUCUCAACUCAUCAGCCCAACAGCUUUCUUCUAUCCAUUGGUGCUUCUACGACUUCCAAUUCACCAUGUCUAAAGAAUCUCUCAGCAACUCGCCCAGUCAUGUCGAGGAGACUGAUCCAACGCCCCAAGCUGAGACUGCCAUUGAAUAUGAUAGCAAUGGCUUGAGUGGUAUCGUUCGAUCUCCCUAUGUUCUGGGAGCUGCUACUCUGGCUUCACUUGGAGGAUUCUCCUUCGGUUAUGACCAGGGCGUGAUUAGCAUCAUCCUUACCAUGAAGCAAUUCCACGACCAAUUCCCUGAAACAGCCCCUGGCCAUCCUCGGUAUGGUUUCAAUGUUGGUUUCAUGACCGGCAUGCUCGAACUUGGUGCCUUUGUUGGAUGUCUUUUUCUUCCAUACCUCGCCGACCGAAUCUCUCGAAAGUGGGCUAUGACUGUGGCUACUGUCUUCUUUACCAUCGGUGCUAUCAUUCAGACUGCUGCUCAUAACUACGGUACACUCGUCGCUGGAAGAGCUAUCGGUGGAAUCGGCGUAGGGACUUUAGCCAUGGGUGCACCUUUGUAUAUCUCUGAGAUCUCCCCUCCGAACUUGCGAGGUUCGCUCCUGGUCCUUGAAGCUCUUUCUAUUGUCAUUGGAGCAAUCAUUUCUUACUGGAUUACCUAUGGCACAAAGGAUAUGGCCAGUGAAUGGUCCUUCCGACUGCCAUUCCUUCUUCAGAUGCCUCCUGCUCUACUAGUCGGUCUCGGCAUUCAUUUCUUCCCAUACUCUCCGAGAUGGCUCGUCAUGCGCCAACGAGACGACGACUCUCUUCAUGCCCUUGCCCAACUCCGACGUGUACCAGCAACCGACGAUCGCGUCCAGGCCGAAUGGAAAGGAAUUCUCACCGAAGUACGGUUUCAGCAGGAGAUCCUUUCUCAGGAACACCCCAAUGACAGCGGUAUCAUUCUGGAGCUGAAGCAGUGGGGUGACCUAUUCCGACCAAGAUGUCUCAAGCGUACUGCGGUUGCGCUUGGGAUCCCCUUCUUCCAACAGUUUUCUGGAAUCAAUGCCUUCGUUUACUAUGCUCCUACUUUCUUUAAAGCCCUCGGACAGGAUGACAACAUGGCACUGAUUCUAUCUGGAAUGGUUAACAUUUGUCAGCUGGCCGCUGGCAUUCCAACCUUCCUCUACCUCGACAAGAUGGGCCGCCGCAAGCUUGCCAUCUUCGGCGGUGCUGCUAUGGCCGUUCCUCAUCUCAUCAUGUCGGGUGUCGUCGGCAAGUUUGAUGGGAAGUGGGAAGCCAAUCCCGGAAUGGGCUGGUUUGGAGUUGCCCUGAUCUACAUCUAUGUCCUCUGCUACGCAUGCUCAUACGGACCAUUGGCUUGGACUCUCCCCGCUGAAGUAUUCCCCAGCUCCCGCCGAGCAAAGGGUGUUGGAGCCGCUACUGCUAUGGUCUGGCUUGCUAACUUUAUUAUCGGCGUUGUUGUUCCUGAGAUGAUCAUCAAGAUCGGCUGGGGUACUUAUCUCUUCUUUGGAAUCUUCUGCUCUCUUGCUUCUAUCUUUUCUUUCUUUCUUGUUCCUGAAACUGCGAACAAGUCUCUUGAGCAAAUUUCUCAGCUGUUUGGAGAUCAUGCUGUUGCGGAUGAGGAGGCUGUCUACGAACGCAUUCGGCAUCAAGUUUGGGCCGGCCAUGCUCAUGGUGCUGAGCAUGCUGAGGUUAAGCAAAGUGACAAGGAGACUCCAUGCGCCAACUGCAAAAAAGCAUCAAUCAACUGCGCUCGCGCCAAGAAGUUCCGCAUCAAAAAGCUCAUCACGACUGAAAACACGUUCAAGUUUGAUCCAAACCAGACAUGGAUAGAUACAUCGAAUCAAGUCUCACCUAGUUCAACAGAAAAAUCAAACAAAAUUUCCUUUGUCGACGAAACAAGCUCCGCCUCUCGCCACUCCCGUACAGUCACCGCUGAAUCUCCGUCUUCCGAAGAUGGACCUCAAUCAGAGAGUUUGGAUUUUGCUGCUUCUGUCUUACGGUCUUUAUCCAAGGGCAGCCAGGUUUUACCCGAGGAACAAGAAGCGCCUCUGGUGCAAGCACUCUCAGGACAGUCCCAAGAUGUUUUUGAGGCAUCCCGAACUCAUGAAGAUGGAGGCUUUAGUGCGCCUCGAGAUCUCUCUCAACUAUCAAUUUCUGUAUCCCCAACUGGUAGACCAAGUCUUUCUGCUAGUCACUUCGGAUCGCCGUCCCUUCCCGUACUCUCAACGCAAUGGCAGCACUCCUCACCGGAUCAGGAUACAAGAAUGUAUCUGGAUCAUGGCGGUACUGGGGAAGGUUCACCAUUUGGUUCAGGUACAUACAACGACAAUCACCUCUACCAAGCAGAUACUCUUCCGUCAAUCAUGGACCUGGAACUCCAUAACCCUACCUCUUUGUUGAGUGCAAGCUCAUCUCAAUCGCUGAGCCUGGAGGAAGCCUGCCUGGUUCGCUGUUUCGUCGAGAAACUCGCAAGAGCUUUCGAUACCACCGACAGAGACCAUCAUUAUAUCUCAGUUCUUCCUCUCCGAGCCAUACACAGCCCUCUGCUUCUCAAUGCUAUAUGCACCGCCUCAGCACGCUUCCUCACGCGUGUCUCCUCACUCCAAGAUCCGGACAGAAUCAUUGUAUAUGCGGGCGUACAGCUUCCGGACCUCAACAUGGAAUCAGCUAUCCACUACCACAACAAGUGCAUCUCACAUCUGAUGGGAGUGUCAGCAGAUCCGAUCAACUCUUGUAGUGACGAUGCUCUGGCUGCCAUUACGAUCCUGAGAUAUCAUGAGCAAGUUGAUACACAUUUUACCGGUACCGAUAACGAGACUUUCUCCAUUGCUGUCCGUGCCGUUUUCCAAGCAUCCCAGAACGACGCAGACGGGCUCCUGCACCUAAUUCUUCAACCUCCUCGCGGCUCAGAUGUCUAUGCAACCUCUCUCUCUUCCCUCAGGUUCUCGGCAUGCCUCAUUGCACUUCGCCAAGAAAUUUGGUCUGUCCUUAUUCAUCGCCGUCCAUUCCGACUACCAAUCCUGCCUGUUGAGAACUAUGGCAUCUUUGAUGAUACCUUGGCCGCCGACGAUUAUGAUUGGACUAACCGCGUUCUCAUCUGGUGUGCCCACGUUCUCAAAUUCUGCUACCCAGAUGAUGAUGACGAACAGCCAAUCGAUAAUCGAACUCGAUCCCAACAAUGGGAAGCUAUCAAAGACUUCCAGAGAAACUGGGACGAGAAACGGCCACCUCAUUUCGCGCCUCUCUACUACCGGGAACGCAACCCAUCAGAAGGUCGAUAUUUUCCAGAAUACUGGAUUACCAGUCCAUGUCAAAUGCUAGCCCUCCAACACAUCGAACUAGCACGUAUAGUUCUUGCAGUGCACGAUACCAAGAUCCAACUCGGCAUUGGCGGCAGAGCUGCCCAUAAAGCACUGGAAGAGCUGAUGCGAGAAGCAACAAGACGUGUUUGCGGCUUGGCUAUGUCACAGAAGUGGUGCCAAGAGGGAAUGGUAACCGCUGCGGUUGGACUGUCCAUGUGUGGCGAGUACUUCCAAGACCCGGGAGAACAGGCUGCAAUUAUGGAGUUGUAUCACAAGGAGCGUGAAUUGAGUUUCAUCUCGUUGUUCUCUUUCGAGAUUCACGAUGGCUGCCUGAUUGGAAGCGUCUUCAAUAUGUCUUUCAAAGCUGUGGCUUUGCCGAAGUCUUUGUCCGACCCAAAUCAAUGGGACAAACUCGUGGACCAGUACAAAGAAUUCCGACUCCUCUCUCUGCAACUAUCCCCAGAGUCUUUCAGCUCAAACUAUGCACGCGAAGCGGAGUUUACGAAGGAUGUAUGGGAAGCCCGCUUGAGUAACCCACUCGCAUCUAGUAUCAUCAUCGUGUCCGAUCCAAAGCCCGGUUCAGUUGACGACUUCUCGCUGAUUCUGAACCAACCAUGGCUCGCAUCGCUUGUUCUGUAUGGCCCACUCGAAGCCAAGACAGCGGCCAAAAAAUGGGAAGAUCUGCAGAAAUUCGAACCCGGAAGCACUUAUUUUGGUCCGAUUGCGGAUGAGAUUGAGUCUGCUUACGUCCUCAACGCGAUUUACGUUCCUCCAUCUCAGAGGCGCAAGGGCUUGGCGAAUAAGCUGAUCGAGCAUGCCAAGGAACUUACAGUCAGACAAAAUGAGGGCAAAAAGGCUAUGCUGGUUCUUCUUGUCAACUUCAACUCUGUCGCGGCUAUGAAAUGCUACGAGAAGUCGGGAUUCGAAGUCGUGCAUGAUUACUGGUUCGAUGAUCCUAAUACUUCUGGAACGUCUCGAGGUCAUGCAGCUGUCAUGAGAUUGGAUGUCGGCGGGAAUGAUUCCUCAAGCUAGAAGAAUUCUUUUCGUGGAGCAGAUUGUUCCAUUUCCUGAGUAGGAUACCUGAAUGAAGCUCCAGUUUGGCUAUACGAAGUUGAGGAAUGCCGAGAUAAAUUGAAUAAAAGAUUCGGCGCUAUUGAGAAUCGCCAAGUGACAAUCAAUUUUCUAGCCACGUUGGCUUAUUCAUAUAUUGAUUAUCCAUCG